GGAUGAGGAGGACAUUGACGGGAUUGAUGAUUUUGCAUGGUCAAUAACGCAUUGCCAUUGGGGUGCACAAAACCGGUAUCCUGUCCCUGGUUCUGUCUUUCUGAGUUUCUGUUUUAAGCUUUACGAUUCCCUGCUGUCAUCACCUCAAAAGCACUAUCUCCGCCGCUAAAAUUCGUUCAUCUUCACAUCACUUGGUUCGUCGAAACGGACAGAUCGAAACCAGUGAUCUAACAUCAUACCAAUCAACGGUUGAGGAUUAGAAUCCCAAUUUUAGUAGGUAAGAAAGAGGCACACCUCAUAGCCCUCACCCUCCCUGAUUCACUUUUUCGAGACACCCUUCCACCUCCGAGCUUCUCGUAAACGUUCUUCCAUUUUCCUCUACAGAAUCGAAGAAUUCGGUUAAAUUUCAAAACAGGGGUUCAUUGAUUUGGUAUUUGCCAGUCUGGGUCGGUCCCAAAAUUCCAAAUUUGCCCAAGUUGAGCAUGAACUGGCUUGGUAGUGGCUAAGCAGCUAGGGUUUGAAUUCUUUGUUCUUGGUUUUUUUUAUAAAGUUUGUAAUCAAUGGAGGCUUAUAAGACAUGGGUUAGGAGGAACAGAGACUACGUGCACUCCUUGGAGUCUCUUGCCAACGGAUUGACGUGGUUUCUUCCUGAACGGUUCUCCACUUCAGAGAUAGGGCCAGAAGCAGUAACUGCAAUUUUGGGAAUAAUCACUGCUAUCAAUGAGCAUAUAAUCGAUACAGCCCCUAAUGGGAGGUACACUGGCUCUGCUGACCCUUCAUUCCCUUAUGGGUUGUGCAUAUCUGCUUUAAAGGACUUGGAAACUUUGGUUGAAGUUGUUGCAGAGCAGUACUAUGGUGAUAAGAAAUGGAAUUUUAUUGCUGUUACAGAAGCUACCAAGGUGAUGGUUAGAUUAGCUUUGUUCCGGAACAGUGGAUAUAAAAUGCUUCUGCAUGGAGGAGAGAUACCAAAUGUUCAAAAAGAUUCUGACGAUACAAGUUCACAACAGAGAAUUGGGGGUUUCCUGAAGCAUGGAGGCCAUCAUGGACCUGGUUUGUUACAAAAUAAUCGUGGGCAAAACCCUUGGAAUCUUGAAGGAAGGGCAUUGUCUGCUUUGAGCAGAUUUGGAGAGAGUGCUAGGAUGAUUUCUGACCCUGUAUGGAUGCAAAGAAUUCAACAACAGCAUGCAAUUAUGGAGCCUCCAACUCCAAUGAUUAAAAGGCCUACGCUCUCCAUGAUUUUGUCAGAGAAGGAUGUUAAUGGAGCUUUAUUUCUUCUGGGGGAGGUCCUUUUUAUUACACGACCACUUAUAUAUGUUUUGUUCAUUAGAAGAUAUGGAGUUAGGUCAUGGAUUCCUUGGUUUCUUUCUCUGGGUGUGGACUUUAUUGGAAUUGGCUUUCUAUCGCAUGUUGUGAAAUCAGGGAAAGGUGGAAGAGAUCAACAGUUUUCUGCUUCUGAAAAGGAUGAGGUGAAAAGACGGAAACUGUUAUGGGCACUUUACCUAAUGAGAGAACCCUUCUUUAGCAAGUACACCAGGCAAAAACUUGAAGGCACUGAAAUGCUACUGGAGACUGUUCCUUUAAUUGGGACUCUAGCAGCAAAAAUUGUUGAGCUCGUAAUCGGAGCUCAGACAAGGUAUACAUACAUGUCGGGAUCAUAAGAGUGAAGCUGCUAGAAACCAUGCUUCAAGGCAGUCAUUUUGUUCCUUUUUUUCUUGGUUACAAUCUUUUGGUGAAGAUCCUCCCAACCACCAGAUGCAUGUUGUUGCUGUUGUAUUCUUUAACCAAGUUCUAGAUACAAGUAUCAUCGACAUUCAACAUUCAGUUUUCUUACACUUUCCAUCUGUGUUAGAAAUGGGCUCAACUUGUUUUUUGCAUGGAAAGGGCAUGUAUCUGUAUACGGGCCUCGAGCUCAGGCUGUGCUGGGCUCAAAUAUUAAUCAGCGGACUCUGACCUUCUUCGAUUA